UAGCAGGCGUGGUCGCCAUUCUAAAAUGGCGGCUCGUAGCAAGAGAUUUGCUGCGCUUGUCAGAAUGCGCAAAAUGACGCGAAACUCCCUUAAUAUCAAAGGGUGAUGUACUAAAAGAAGAGAAUGGCUGAAAAGCGAGAACUACACACGCUUAGCAGGGUUGAACUGCUUGAAAUGCUUCAAAGGCAGGAGAAACUACUAAUUAACAAGCGGUUUGUUCAAUCUCUUCCUGAUAAAGGUGCAAAAAUCAACAACUUGGUGGAUAAGUUAAAAGGCCUGCUAGCAUCAAAACAAGAGAUGGAAGAUUUAUCGUGCAAGUUCGAUGCCAUCCGUGUGGAUGGCGAUCAUGUAAAAGAGUCUGAAAUGGACAGUGAUGAUGAUGAUGAUGAAAACCUUGGCUGUUCAGAAGAUAGCAAGAUGACAACAACUGUAGUCAAAAGAGAUGAAACAAGUUCUAUGGCAAGCAGCUGUUCGAAAGUGACUCAGUCUGAGGAGAAACCAGCAAAACCUAAGUCUUCCUGGGAUUACGAUUCAGCAGUGACUCACUCAUGCUUCUACAAAUGUGAGAGGGCAAAAUCAUUACCAAUUGAGGAGUCUGUUCAACUUCAACAAGAACAAACAAAGCAUCACCAGGAACUCGUGGCAGCACAUGCUGCUAUCCGACUCCAAGAACAACUCAAGAAUGCUGAAAAAAGCAGCUCGUCUCUUCCUAAAUUCUCUAGUCGUGAAUCUCAGUACAAGUACCGUGAUGUAAAUGAAGAUAAGGUCUACCUGCAGAACUGGGAGCCAUUCGGUGACAGUAACAGCGAGUCAGGCUCAGAUAGAGAAGAUUAAUAACAAAAAUAAAAACUAUUAUCUAAUCCUGAUAACGUAUAAGUAUGGUCGUGAUGUAACUAAAAGACUUCCUGCCUGAAGGACUUAAAACACAGUCACCCGUACUGAGGUUUGCAAAUAUCAGACUUUCCAAUGUGAUGGUAACACACCCUCAAAAUUAUCUCCAUUUAAAUACUGGGUUUUAUAAAAAAACAGAUUACAAAUAUGAGCCAGCUUUUGACAGCAAUAAAGAUUUAGGAUUUAGACAAAGAAAGAUUCAUUCUCCUAGCUUACUGUCUGUCUUUCUAAUGCUGCAGUAACAGGCAGCAAAGAUGAGCCAGAAAUGGAGAGACUUCUGUUGAUUGCUUCCAAGAUGAUAAAAUAUGGUGAAUGCAGAGCAAAUAAAUGAUUUUUAAUCUUUAAUAUUACAGAUUGUGCUUAUUUACAAUAGAAUACAAUAAUCUUUAUUUAUAGCGGGAGAGUGAGAGUUUUCUAACUAACAGCCCUUGCAUUUGAAAAACAGCAUCUUUCAAGUGCAAUGCAAAGAGAUGUGUAGGUAUUUUGUUCAUGCUUGCCUUACUUGAGCUCAAAGUGUAUAUAAAAAGGCAUCAAUAAAUAGCGCCACAUAAUGUAUUGUAUAUCAUACAAGGCAUCAAAAAGAGAAAUAAGUUCAAUACUGUACUACUUACAGUGCAACCAGUAAAACCGUGAAAACCUAAAAUAUGUGUGGAAUGUUUAUUGUCUUCUGACGAGACUUCCAGACUUGAGACAUGUUUCUAGUUGACUGUUUGAAUAUCUCUAGAGUGAUUGGUCAGAACAAACAUUCCAUACAUAUCUCUGGUGUUCACUGGUUUUUUGGUCGCGCUAUAAAUGAAAAUCAAUAUUUGUAGAUCAUACAACGGAAAUUCUGCAUUUGCAUUGUACUGCCGGUAAAACACCAUUAUAUCUGCAAAUUUUGCAAUAAUUUUAAUAACUGUACAUUUUGCAAAUGAUUGUGCAGGUUUAGUGAUUAAUCUAUUCUUGACUAGAAACAUUUUACUUUUUACUGUGCAUCACUUAAUGAAGAAAGUGUUAUACCAAGAUGGUCACAGAGCUCCUGGAAAAUAAAAUUUUCAAAAAUAUGUCAAUAAAAUUUUUAGAAAAAAAGUGGAAAAACCAAACAACUUCUGUCCACAAGGAGAUUUGAUGCUAUGGCCAAUUGAGUAACUAGACUGUUACCAAUUUGUUUCUCUUACCUGUAACAUACUUAGCUGAAAGGAGUUCUUAUUUACUCCUUUAAAGAGCUUUGUUUUGUCAAUAAUUCUAGCACAUCUGAAAUGAAAUAGAGUGACUAAACAUGAA